UCUAAAAAACAAAACCAUAUUCACAAACACGAACCCGAAAGAUGAAAACCCUACCAAUUGCUUGUCUGCUGUUCUUGGCCACUGUCACGGUCUGUAACGCUCGGACCAUGACGGUGCCUGAGCUCAUCGAACAGGUCACCGACCCAGAUAUGGCCGAGCAGCUUCGGCUGUCGAUCUCUUACCCGAACUGCCGAAGCUGGCACCUUGGUGUCGAGACGAACAACAUCAUCAACUUCAAGACUGUCCCUGCGAACUGCGAAGAAUAUGUCGAGGAUUACUUGACAUUCUCCGAUCAGUACCGUGCAGAUUCCAAAACUAUAUGCAAAGAGGCAUACUAUUACGCCAAAGGACUUGCCCUUAAGAACGACACUGUCAAUGUUUGGAUCUUCGACCUCGACGAGACCCUCCUCUCUAACAUUCCCUUCUACCAAGCUAAUGGCUUCGGGACAGAGAGUGUGGACUCGGAGGCAUUCAACAAGUGGAUAAGCCUUGGAGAAGCUCCGGUUCUUGGGGAGACAUUGCAUCUCUACAACAACCUGCAGAAGAAAGGGAUAAAACCCGUUCUGAUCACCGAAAGAUACGAGGAGCUUAGGGAAAUCACUCUCUCAAACCUCGAGAAAGCCGGUUACACCUUCUGGGAGAAGGCCAUAUUCAAGCCGACGGGAUCGAACGCGAAGAUAGUGAACUACAAGUCGAAGGAGAGGAAGAAGCUGGAGAGGGGAGGAUACACAAUCAUAGGGAACAUCGGAGAUCAGUGGAGUGAUCUGCAGAAGGAGAGCGCGGGAAGGAGGACUUUCAAGCUCCCUAACCCUCUUUACUACAAAACCUAAACUCUCUCACUUCUCUCCCCUCCUUUGAUCCAUAUCUAUAUGGCCUCCUGUCUUGUCUCUCGUGUUGUAACCGCCUUAAUCUAUCAAUAAAUGGAGUAUCUCCCGAGUAUUUUUACU